AUGGAUGCAAAGUUGAAAGGAGCUCCUUCUUUCAUUUGGAGGAGUCUCUGGUCAAGCUUGGGGAUACUAAAGGAGGGGUUGGUCUGGAGGGUGGGCAAUGGAAGUGGCAUUAAAAUUUGGAAGGAUAAGUGGCUGCCAAGGCCAGUGACCUACCAGAUUCAGACUCCAAUCAAUAUGCUGGACUCAGAGACCAGGGUGGAGCCCUUGAUAGAUAAAGACUGUAGAUCUUGGACGGUAGAUCUGGUGCAAUCAGUCUUUAGGGAAGAGGAAGCCAAGCUUAUUUGUUCCAUACCAAUCAGUAGGAGAGGAGCAAGUGAUAGAAGAAUAUGGGUUGGGUCAGACAGAGGUACCUACACAAUCAAGAGUGCUUAUUUCAUAGAAACCAAACUGUCAAAUAGGAGCUUUGGGGAGCCCUCAACAACUGGGAGUAAAAACUCAGAGUGGAGAGAUCUAUGGCGAUUAGAAGUCCCAGGCAAGGUAAAAAUUCUCAUAUGGAAGUGUUUAAACAACAUCCUUCCUACAAAAGAUAGGUUAUACAAAAAGAAUAUUGUUGAUAACUAUCUCUGCCCAGUCUGUGAAAGAGAAAAAGAAACAAUUAUGCAUGCCUUAUGGGUUUGUCCUGCGGCAGCAGACAUUUGGGGUGGCGAGACAAGCACUUUUAGGAAAUGGAGAAGAGACUACCCUGAUUUCCAACAGCUAUGGGGAGAGAUGAUUAAGAAACUAUCCCAGGAAAACAUUGAAUUGGCUGCUGCUUGUUCUACCACAUACCACAUUUGGACCAGAAGGAAUGCUUAUACCUUUCAAAAUCAACCCAAGAAUCCAGCCUCAAUUGUUUCAUUAGCGCAGACAGAUUUAGCUUCACUCAAGGAGAUUAAACAAAGCAACAACACCAAUGCAGUAAGAAGCCAAGAAAGAGGUCCUAGCCAGUUGUGGAAACCACCUGAGUGGCCUUUCUUCAAAGUAAACUUCGAUGUAGCCUUUGACAAAGACAAAGAAAGUAUGGGGAUGGGGAUCAUACUGAGGGACUCUGAAGGGGGCUUACAAGCAACCUUUACUGCUCCUAAAACCCAUAUUCUUUUGGCUUUUCAAGCUAAAGUGUCUGCCCUACACAGAGCUAUGGAACUUUGUAGUGAGUUAGGACUAAAUCAAGUUAUAAUUGAAGGGGAUGCCAAAGUAGUAAUAGACUCAGUCAACUCCAAGAAUGAAGACAACUCGUGGCUUGGUCAGGAGAUAGAUGACUUAUAG